GUACGGUCACACUCUUUGAAAGUGAAUAGAAUAAGCGUGAAUAAAGCGAGAAAAGCAAGCGCUAAACGUGAGACUGUGUGCGUUCGCCGUCUCUUCGCACCGAAGUGGAUUAAUUCCGUGGAUGGAGUGGCACAAUAAACACAACAACUGGAACGCGUUUUGUCGUUUUGUUUUCCGCUUUUCCAGCAGCCGUGCGCCAAUUCACUUCGCACAUUCUUCGCAGCCGGAUAUUGUGGAGGCAAUGGAAAGCGCAAGCAUGUGUGCAUGUGUGUCGCUGGGAUAACGGCGAAAAAGGCGAAAGAGGAGCUGUGAAACGGCAACAAAAUCAAAUAACUUGAGCUGGGAUCUAAAAUCGGAUCUCAAGUUUGAGGACAAAGAACGAGUGAGAACGUGAGAGAGACGAGGAAAAAGCUACUCACACACGCAUACGAAUAACCGCUUCGCACGCUCUCCCGUGUAAAACCAAUACAACAACAAAAAACAAAAACAACAUGCAAUAUUUGCAAAGUAGUUAAAUAAUUCUGCCCUGUCUGCGCUUUAUUUCCUUCUUCAUUUCGGUUCUCCUCGUUUUUGACUUUUUGUUGUAUAUUUUCAACAAGUUUCUGUUUCUCGCUUUUUCCCCCACACACACACACACACACACACCCACCCACACAAACAAACAAACAGUUCUUUUUUCGUUACUACUUCCGAACAACAACACACGGUACACGAACACCGACCACCAAUACCAAUACGAAAACAACGUCUCGUGUGACGUGCGAGCGCAGAAAGUGUCGUCUUUAGAUUUUGUUUGUGCACUUUUCGCCAUUUCCUUUUGUAUUCCAUCGAGUGAGGAACAGCGGAGGCCAGGGAGCGCAAGAGUGGCCGAGAAGCACCUGCGAAAUAGCGGCACGAGAUCGCCAGAAAAGCAGAAAAUCGCAAGAAGCAAAAGCGACCGGCUCACCACUUCCACACGCAAAUACACAGAGCCCCCCAUCACACACACACACACAUCCAACACUUGUUGCAGCAGACGAGGAGAAGGGGCGACAGAGCGAUAAGAGAAGAGGGGACGAGGAGCAGGAGGAGAACAAGUGCCUAAGAAGACAACAACGCGCAUCUGCUAUCAGCGAAUACCACUGCAAACAUGGUCAAGGAGAAGCCCAACUCGACUCGCAUCUACGACAAGGAUGGAUUCAGGCGCCGAGCUGCUUGUAUUUGCGUGAAAUCGGAGAACGAGGCGGAGGUGCUCUUGGUAACCUCAUCUCGUCGCCCGGAGUUGUGGAUCGUUCCAGGAGGCGGCGUUGAACCAGAAGAGGAGUCAUCGGUGACAGCCGUACGCGAAGUGCUCGAGGAAGCCGGCGUGGUUGGCGAUCUGGGUCGUUGUCUCGGUGUCUUUGAGAACAAUGACCACAUGCAUCGCACCGAGGUGUUCGUGAUGAACGUCACUCAGGAACUGGACGAGUGGGAGGAUUCGCGGAGCAUCGGUCGCAAGCGCCAGUGGUUCACCAUCGAUGAUGCACUCUCGCAGCUGGCGCUGCACAAGCCGACUCAGCAGCACUAUCUGAUGCAGCUGCAGCACUCGAAGACGCUGGACAACACGAAUCGCGUGGUGAACGCCACGCAUCCGCCCAAGUUGACCAAUGCCGCCACCCCAGCCGCAUCGCCCACUACGGCAUAAAGACAUCAGGAUGCAGGAUCCGGAUCGCAGGAAGCAGUAACCACACAUGCACACCACACUUAACCGCGAGAGUAACACUAACCCCAAAACUAAACCCAUACCGAAAACCAACCAUACACAUUUUGACAUUUUGGAAAUUAACAAAUAGACAGGCAGUCUUCUAGAUUAUGUUGGUUAAGCGACACUUAUGUUACCCCGCAUCCCCCACAUAGCCCCAUUUGCGUUUAAGUUUAAGUCAAGGCGUUCAUUUAUGUCUUUAGUAAAUGUAUCGGAACUAAAUUUAUAUGUUUACUCCAGAGCGAGUGGAGAGGAGGUGAAGAAACAAAAACGCUACUCGAUCAAUGCUAAGCGAUAACUUAUAUUAUUCGAGAUCUAUAACACGACGCAGAAGUAGACGGAAACCACAUGUAAUAAUUUUUGAGCGAAUAGCACUUUUUGCAAACACGAAAUGAAACUUAAAAAAAAACUAAAACUAGUUGGACUAAACAACAAAAUCCAGAAUAGCGAUAUCUAUUAGAUUUUUCUACUCUUUUUUAUAAUUUACUCAAAAGGCGUCUUAAUUGAUUAAUGUAACAAGCAAACCAAUUGGAAUCGGCUUUAGCAAGUGCAAAAGGAGAUCUUAAUUAACUAUGCUAAGCGGCCUAAAUAAAACGAAAACUAUUUAAGCGAUGACUAACGAAUCGAUUUCGUUUCAAAUCACCCACAGUCAAGAACAAUUUUUCAAAAAAAAAAUAGAUCAGAAAGAAAUGAAACCUAAGACUCGACUUGCGACGAACUAGACAAAUGACGGAAACUAAAUCAUUAGAAAACCUAAUUAUAUUAAACAACAGUUGCCUAUGCAAGAAUAUAAAACCCACUGCAGGGGAAAUUUAAGGAUAAACGUUAACUUAUUGUAAAAAAAAAAAUGCGAGAAAUUAGAGGAGCCAGCAAACAAAAUAUUAUGAACUAAUUCAACUACUAAGAGUGCACGUUGUACUUUUCAGAAGCAUAAAUAAAUAAAAGAACAAUUGCGAUUAUAAUAUAAACACAGCUAGGAACGAAGAAGAGUAGCAUGUUUUCAAUGUGAUUUAAGAGAUACAAGAUACAUACGAGUUAAACAAUUUGAUGUGACAUUUUUUCGAUGAUUUUUUGGCACUUGAAAAGCGCGCAACAAAACGAAAUUUUAAUUCAAGCUCAAUGGAAGGAAAGUCUGGCAGUUGAAUCUAUGAUUUGAUCAGUCUAUCAAUUGUACUUUAGUUGCAAACUAAAGCCGACAAACGAACUUUUAUCGGAACGCUAAAUUAUAUCACAAAUUGUUGCAAUUAAACAAUGAUUUACAACCAAUAAAGAAUAAAACAGAACACAG